AUGGAUAUAACACCAACAACUUUUGCUGCGCCGAACUCAUCAGAGGAUACUAAUUGCACGAGUGCCCCGAGACCUCCGCCUCACUCCCAGAGCGAGGCCGUCUUCAUCGUGCUCGUGGUCACUGUUAUCAUUCUGGUGACAAUCGUGGGGAAUGUACUGGUUGUAGUGGCCGUUUUCACCAGCCGUGCGCUCCGUGCGCCUCAGAAUCUCUUCCUUGUCUCCUUGGCAUCGGCAGAUAUCUUAGUGGCCACCUUGGUCAUACCUUUCUCCCUCGCCAACGAGGUCAUGGGUUACUGGUACUUUGGGAGCACCUGGUGUGCCUUCUACCUGGCCCUUGACGUCCUCUUCUGCACGUCCUCCAUUGUGCACCUCUGUGCCAUAAGCCUGGACAGGUACUGGUCUGUAACCAAAGCUGUUAGCUAUAACCUGAAGAGGACGCCCAAGCGUAUUAAGUGUAUGAUCACCGUGGUCUGGGUCAUAUCAGCGAUCAUCUCUUUCCCACCAUUGCUUAUGACCAAACACGACGAGCAGGAGUGCUUGCUCAACAGCGAAACAUGGUAUAUUCUCUCGUCUUGCCUGGUCUCAUUUUUCGCCCCUGGACUAAUCAUGAUUCUGGUGUAUUGUAAAAUAUAUAGAGUGGCCAAGCAGCGCGCAUCAACCGUGUUCGCGGCCAAGAACGGGAUGGAGAGACAGCCUUUGGAGUCGGAAACUUGCUUUGUGCCCAGGGGCAAAUUUGAGUUGGAGAGCCCCAGCAGCCCCAGUUUAGGUGGCCACCCGCGGAAAGGAGAGCUGGACGAUAUAGACCUGGAGGAGACCUGCGUCGCCGAUAGCAAAUCCAAUAAAUGGCACUUCUCCAAGAGAGGGAAAGUGGAGGGCGCGAACGCGUUCACAAAACAGAGUUGCCGCGCGCCAUCGGCUUCAAACCGCAACGCACAGCUCUCUCAGGACCAAAGGACGAGACAGAUGUCACUGUCAAAGACAAAACUGGCACAGAUGCGUGAAAAGCGCUUUACAUUUGUCCUUGCAGUGGUGAUGGGGGUGUUUGUACUCUGCUGGUUCCCAUUCUUUUUUACAUACAGUCUGCACGCAAUAUGCAGAGAUAGUUGCCCGAUUCCGGAUGUUCUCUUCAAUCUGUUUUUCUGGAUUGGUUACUGUAACAGUUCAGUGAACCCUAUAAUUUAUACAAUAUUUAAUCGCGAUUUUCGGAGAUCUUUCAAGAAGAUCAUAUGCCAGACUUCACACACAUAAUGUUUAUUCAAUUUCUC